ACAGUAUCGUUGCACUUCGAGUCCCGAUGCGCGGCGCCGUUUAUUAUUCUCGUGUUGUGCAUGUUCUAGUGCAGAUCUGUGACUUCCAUUCCCUGCAUUAGGGCUAUCCACGCAUUUCUUUGUGUCUGUUAGAAUUGGUACUUCGAGCUCCUUUGUUGUUACAGUGAGUGCUUUGGCUGCGAGGCGUUGCCACUUUGUCUCAUUUAACGGAGUGGGUGUCGGCUGAAGCUAAGAUUACAUUAGACCCCAGCCUCAAACCAAUGCCUGCUCCAUCCAUGAGCGUGUGUUGACCUGUCUACUGGGACAUUUUUCAUGCUUUUCAGUCUAGUGUCUAAUGCGUUUCUUCUAUCGCUCGCAUUCUCCCUGACUCAGCGUCGCUGCUCUAUCCUUGAAGCAAUGCUCGUCGGACCACAUGUUUCAUGUGCAUACUGGAGGAUGCGUACAGGGAUCUCGGUGGGUGAAUUAGUUAGCAUCCGAGAGUGGGUGCCGACUCCAGACCCCGCUGUAAAUUAUUUUUUCUCAGAGUUCUAGUUGAGAGUGGGGCUUAAGUUGGGUGUGAGGAGAGGUUUUUCAAGCCUCUCAUGUUUCACAGAUCAUCAUGAGGCUCCGAAGAUUAACCAUUCUGCCAAAGUCUGCUGGAUAGAGAAAGAUGUAAUUUUCUUCGGGCAGACUCAGGCACACAUGUUAUCUCAAGAGAGCAAGAUAAUAACAACAUACUUUCUUGUUUCCAAUGAUGGCAGCUACUUCCUCAACAGAUUCGCCUCUGCCAUAAGAAUGUUCAAGAGGACAAAGCCUAAGAUAUAAUGCACUUCGAAAGUACAUGGAAACCCUAAUCUCGGAGGACCUACGCCUACCCAAUUCAAUUUACCCAAUGAAUUCCAUAGAAUCCAUCAUGGUUACUCUAAGUACGGUCGGUUUACAGAAUCUUACUACCUUUCAUUCUUCGUCUGAUAAUGUUGAUGGAAAAUAUACCAACUACUUAAAGCAAGGACAUAGUGCAGUCAAUGUUUGCGUCUGUAAUAAAGGUUACAUUUCAGAGUCAUCUUCGUAAUUGACCUUAAAAGUUUUGUACAAAACAUGCACUGACCCAGCAAUGCGGAUUGUGCCCAGCCCCACAAAUUUUAACACCAUCCUCUCAGCCUUUCGAUGUAGAGAUAGUCAGCUCGUCACAUAUAACCGCCUACUUCUCAAUUAUUCCAGACUUGUACACGAACCCCCUAUCCUUGAUCCGUGUAUACAUUCACGAUGCUAUCAUUUCGACAGAAUUGUCUGUCGGGGUGUCCGCGCCAAUUUGUACGUGAAGAUCAUCGGUAUUUCUUCAUAACGUUAUUCAUUCAUUUUCAUGCUCUACAGUGGUAACGUGAUGCUAACAUGUGUUCCGAAGCUCUUUGUAUACUGUAUAUUCAAUAUCUCAACUUAUUUUAGUACAGUACGUCUGUGUAAAAUAAUCAGGCAGAUGUAGGUACAGACAGUUGGAUUCUUCGCCAUUGGUUAGAGCUUCGAGGGCGUGAAUCGACGGGCGUUGAAAGUAUCCGAGGCAUCCACAACCAGGGCUGGCCGCCACCCAGCUUCAAAAGAUGCUGUGCCCAUAGUUCCCACGUUUCGCAUCUAUCUCUUGGCGUACGGCAGGAAAGAACGUUAUGGAAACUAUCUAAUAUCCUGAUCACACGAACUCCGUAUACUGCUCACAUACCUAUGACCUACAGUGUUGAUUGACCUCAUUUUGCCAUGACGAUUUGACUAGUUCUGGGUUGAGCUCCGGGAUGCGACUUCGUGAAUAGUUCGUUGAGUCGCUGGGGGUGGUAAUAGCUUUUGCUGCUUUACCCAUAGGAUCUUCGGGUGGGCCACGACGAUCAACGCGGGUCUCUCCAUUCGGAGAGCUGCCUUUUCCAUUUCCACACCUCUUGCUCUCACUUCACAUGUGCAGUUCUCCCCCGUUUUUCAACUGCUUAGAAUUUUUAGUGUUCCGGCAAACGAUUUCCCAUCCUCUGGUUCUUUCACGAGGCAGCUCUCAGACAGAGGGAGCUUGAGUGCAGCUUUGCGUCCUUGAGUUUCAUGCGAAGGUGAGCGUGCAGCAUAUCUGUCGAGCAUUCUUGCUUCCAGGUGGGUAUUCCGAGGUCUAGAAUUGGAGAUUUGUGGACAGACGUCUUGAGCCCUUCAGGAUGGGGUGGAAUCGUCCGGAACACCGACACGAGGAAAUACACCACAGGCAUCACCGCACCAGAAGACUUUGCGUCGGACUGUGCACGAUCCUGGUGGUCCUCAUCGUCCUCCUCGGCGUCGCGACGCUCAUCACCUAUUUAGUCCUGCGUCCACGCACCACGCACUACGACAUCGUCUCCGCCAGAGUUCCUGCCCUGGCCGUUAGCGGCACCACAUCCAGUCCCACUUCCACGUCAACUGUCACUGCAGAAUUCACCUACGGGGUGCAAGCACGCAACCCCAACGGCAAGGUCGUCAUGGAGUAUCAGAAAUUCAACGUUCUCACCACGUACCUCGGCACAGACAUCGGCCACAGCAGCGUCCCCGGGUUCAUCCUCGGCGAAAAGGGCUCAUACGUAUUCCAAGUGACCACCUCUUCUGCCUACACAAAUGGUCAGGUUAAUAACAUCGUCGGCAACACAUUGAAGGCCGACAUCGCGAGCGGCUCCGUCAACGUGCAAGUUAAGAUUGACAUUAGGGCGCGAGCGCAUAUCGGUGGUUACACUUCCUUUUGGAUGUGGCUCCACACUCUUUGCCAGGUGACUGUCAUUCCUCCGUCAGGAAGCAACCCCGGAGUAUUUGUGCGGUCGAAAUGCUCGGAUUAGUGUUUCUCAUAGAUCUUAAUUUCUUGCCGUGCAAUACCAAUUUGGAGAUCAGCUUUAGAGAAUCAAACUGCCGAAUCAUGUACAGCAUCCCUCUCUAUUGCUCUUCGUUCACCUCGCGUCAGUAGACACCAUAGCUGUGAAAAUUCUGUACAGUUGCUGAAACGUCCAUCAACACAUUUUAUGAAGGUUUGCAGUGUUGUAACGAUCGGAUUCCAGAGCCAGAUGACGUCGUCGUCGUUUUGGGAAGGAUUCUGCUACUGGGCUGGCUGUCGAUCGAGUUAAAUGCUAGUUGAUUAAGCCAAAAUAGAAGUUGUUAUUGGUGGAACUUAGGAUCAAACCGUGGGUUGUCCAUCGUGGCCUGCGCAAUGUGAUUGUGUCUGCAAUCUUGUAAAAACGCUCGACACCCAACAGUGUGAAAAAUCUUAUUUGUACACCUACCA